GCGCGUUUGCACAUGGCCGCACCGGGGGGAAAUGCCGCUCGUCGUGUUUUGUGGGUUGCCGUACUGCGGCAAGAGCCGGCGGGCGGAGUUGCUCCGUGGGGCGCUGGCGGCCGAGGGCCACACGGUAUACGUGGUGGACGACGCGGCAGUGCUGGGUGCGGAGGACGCAACAGUGUACAGCGAUGCGGCCCGUGAGAAGGCGUUGCGUGGGGCCCUGCGAGCCGCGGUAGAGCGGCGCCUGAGUCGCCACGAUGUGGUCAUUCUCGAUUCGCUUAAUUACAUCAAGGGCUUCCGCUACGAGCUCUACUGUCUGGCGCGGGCAGCGCGCACCCCCCUGUGCCUGGUCUAUUGCGUACAGCCAAGCCGUCUGAGCGGGGGCCCCCAGGUGGCCGACACGGAGGAGAGGCGGAGCCGGAACCUCAGUGUAAGUUGGACCCCGCGCUCUGAGAAGGGCGGGAGAACACUCGUUGCCGGCAUCCGUGUUCUCGGGGAACCGCAAACUGUGGAUUCUGUGAAUGGGAGCGCCCAGGACAGCGUACCUAAGGAACUGGGACCGGAGGAAACCAGGGCACCACAUCUUCCAGCUGUCGUGACUCCAGAAUUUGAGAACUCUUCAAAGCAUAUGUCCAGUGCCUUUUACCCUCCGGAACUUCUGGAGGCUCUAAUGUUGCGCUUUGAGGCCCCAGACUCUCGGAACCGCUGGGAUAGGCCCCUGUUCACGUUGGUGGGCUUGGAGGAGCCAUUGCCGCUGGCGGAGAUUCGCGCAGCCUUGUUUGAAAACCAGGCUCCUCCACCCCAUCAGUCUACCCAGUCUCAGCCCCUUGCCUCCAGCAGCUUUCUACACCAGUUGGAUCAGGUUACCAGCCAGGUGUUGGUGGGAUUGAUGGAAGCGCAAAAAAGCGCCCUCCCUGGAGACUUCCUUAAGCUUCCUGGUACCACGGAGCACCUGCGGUUUACCAGGCCCUUGACCAUGGCAGAAUUGAGUCGUCUUCGUCGCCAGUUUAUUUCCUACACCAAAAUGCAUCCUAACAAUGAGAACCUGCCUCAGUUGGCCAACAUGUUUCUGCAGUAUCUAAGCCAGAGCCUCCAUUAAGCAGAAGAUAAAGGAGAAAGCCAUGGCUCUUAAUCUGCACUGCUUUAAUUUCUUUGGGAAGAAUUGUCUAAAGGUUUGCAGAGCUAUUGAUGUGUGGUACUCAGCUAUUGUGACUGAUUUUGAGAACUGACAUCAGAGAUCUAGCUUGGAGGAUCUUGGCAAAUUUCUCUGAAGACAGAGCUCAGUUUGCUUAGAUUGGGUUCCAUGUGGGUUAUCACACACCACUGGUUUCCCCCUUGCAUUGGAGUUAUGGGAGAACAGACUGGAUGGAUGAUUUAUUUUUAAAAACAAUUGUGAGCAGAGACCGAAGAUGACACAGUUCUGCAUCUGUUCUGACCCUUCUGUCAUUUCACAGUUUUUGUGGAUUGCCCUUGAUGGUGAUUAUCCAUAAGUCCUGGUGUGGAGCUUGCAAAGCUUUAAAGCCCAAAUUUGCAGAAUCUACAGAAAUUUCA